AUGAGGGAACCGCUUCAAGUUGGACUCAAGCUGGCUGCCACCCUUCGCCUCCUAGCCACUGGAAAUUCCUAUCUAUUCAACUUCAGGGUUGAAGCAAGUAUCAUCUGGAAGUUUAUACCCGAGGUGUGUCAAGCCAUCAUCGCGGUCUACAAGGAUGAAGUGCUCUGCUGCCCUAAAACUGAAGAGAUGUGGAAAGAAGUUGUUGCCAAGUUCAGUUCCAUAUGGAACUGCCACAACUGUCUGGGGGCUGUGGACGGCAAGCACAUCGCCAUAAAGAAGCCACUCAUUGCUGGUUCUUACUACUAUAACUACUAG